AUAAGUUGAGAACUGUGUAUUCUCACAGAGAUACAAAAAUUGAAUUAAAAAAAUCUCAAAUAGUAAAACAAGUUGAUAAUCCGAAAAAGAGUCACAAUAUGUUUAAAAGAGUUGUUGAUCCUAUUUUUCACGGAAAUCCCAAGACGAGGGAAGAAAUGUGGCACGAAAACUUUUUAAAAGAUAAAUUUAUGGUUGAUCAAUCCUCUUCUCUUAUAAAGCUAGUUUAUAAUAUAACUUUAAGUUAUCUUGAUGAUUGUACUCCUAUAAUACUGUACGACAAUCAAAUAAAAACAGUGGAUAGUUACCUAUUUCAAAAUCUUUUUAAGAAUUUUCCAGUAACAUUUAUACAUGGUUACAUUGACGAAGGUAAUAAUUUAAACGAACCAAAACUUUUAAAUCCUAAAAAGAAUUGCCUCCAUUUCAUUUUGUUUCUAAACGAGGUAAAGAAAAGUGUGAAGGUUUUGGGUAAGCAAUCACAAAGUAAAGUUGUGGUAAUUGCAAGGUCCUCACAGUGGGCCAUACAAGAGUUUUUGGCAUUACCGAUAUCAAGAUCUUAUGUAAAUUUGUUAAUUAUUGGUCAGAGCUUCAAGGAUGAAAAUAAUGCUGAAGCUCCUUAUAUAAUGUACACUCAUAUUUUAUACGUAGAUGGUUUGGGUGCUAGCAGACCGGAAGUAUUAUGUUCUUGGGGCCAUGGAAAAUUCUCUAGAAAUGUUGAUCUUUUUCCGGAAAAGAUGACGUCUGGUUAUGCCGGUCACAGAUUUGUAGUCGCUGCGGCAAAUCAGCCACCAUUUGUUUUUAAAAGGAUUAUUUCCGACGCUGAUGGAGGAAAUCCACGAAUUCAUUGGGACGGUCUGGAAAUUAGAAUUUUGAAUCUUCUAGCGAAAAGAAAUAAUUUUACUAUAGAAAUUAUUGAGCCACGAGAUUUGCAAUUGGGAUCUGGAGAAGCUGUAUCUCAGGAAAUAAUUCUGGGUAGAGCUGAUAUAGGGGUAGCUGGAUUGUUCAUAACCAGUGACAGGAUCCGUGAUAUGGAUAUGAGUUUUUCUCAUUCGCAUGAUUGUGCAGCCUUUAUUACUCUGACAUCAACAGCCUUACCAAGAUAUCGCGCCAUUCUCGGACCGUUUCACUGGCAUGUAUGGGUUGCCUUGACAUUUACAUAUUUAAUCGCCAUUUUCCCGUUAGCCUUUUCUGAUAAGCAUACCCUAUUACAUUUAAUAAACAAUAAGGGGGAAGUAGAGAACAUGUUUUGGUAUGUUUUUGGGACCUUCACGAACUGCUUCACAUUUGUCGGAAAAAAUUCUUGGAGUAAAACAACAAAGAUAACCACGAGAUUGCUUAUAGGAUGGUAUUGGGUAUUUACGAUUAUAAUAACAAGUUGUUACACGGGAUCAAUUAUAGCAUUCGUCACCCUACCCGUAUUUCCUGAUACCGUUGACACCAUAGGACAACUAUUAGGAGGCUUCUAUCGAAUAGGAACAUUGGAUCGCGGUGGUUGGGAGCGGUGGUUCAUGAACUCGUCUGAUCCUUUAACUAAUAAAUUACUGAAGAAAGUCGAAUUAGUUCCAGACGUAAGAUCUGGUAUACGAAAUACAACAAAGGCUUUCUUCUGGUCGUAUGCUUUUCUUGGUUCCAAAGCUGAACUUGAGUAUAUUGUUCAAGCAAAUUACUCAAAAGCGGAGUCAAAACGAGCUGUUCUCCAUAUUUCCAAUGAAUGCUUUGUACCGUUCGGUGUAAGUAUAGCUUUUCCCAAAGGCGCCGUGUAUGGAACAAAAUUGAGUAGUGAUUUAAGAUCAAUGCUACAAACCGGGAUAAUAGAUAAAUUAGCGGAUGAGGUUAGAUGGGAAAUGCAACGUUCCGAUAAAGGAAAAUUACUAUCGGUGAAAAAAAAUACCAUAAAUAUUAUAAAUGCAGAAGAAAAAGGUUUAACCUUAGAAGAUACUCAGGGUAUGUUUCUUUUGCUUGGAGCUGGAUUUCUAUGUGGAGCUGUAGCACUUCUUUCGGAGCUGAUGGGUGGUUUUUCACGGAGAUGUAGGAUCUUACGAAGGAGGUUAAGAUCCAAUCAAAGAUCGAAAAAGAAUCUUAUUAAUACCCCGAAAUUAUUAUCAAGGGAAUUAAAGCUUGUCAACGAGGGUAGGAACAGACGUCGGUUCGAUACUCGAUCUUCAAGUAUAGAAUCUAAUGAUACACUUAACGGGGAGAUAAUAAAUGUGUCAAAAGAAAAUAUAACAGUGCACAGGAAUUACGACGACAGGAUUUUCGGGUCCAGAAGAUCAAGUUCUAUGGAUAUAGAUAGAGAAGUUCAAGAGUUAUUUGGAGAAAGCGAGCAUGGAAAAGUAAUUUUGAGAGAUGCAAAUGUAGAGAUCAGGGAUGAAAAAGAAAAUACAGCGUCUAAAGUAAUAAUCAGCAACCCAUUUACAAACAAAUAAAAGAAGGUCAAAAUUAAGAGUAAAUAAAAACUACACAGUUAAUUAAAUGUAUUUUAUGUUACUUGUAGUCUUAUAAAGAGGAAUAAUGAAAUAAUUAACAAAAAUUGACAUCCAACUCUUUAUUAUCCUUCGAACAGUCAUCAAAAUAAUUUAUAACAAUUUUCUAACACUGUCCAUUAAUAUUAAUAUUUCAAUCAGCCAUUGAGAUGUUAUAUCAUUACUCAUUUACACAGAGCAAAGACGCCCAACGAAAAAAAAGGCGCCGGUAGACCUAAAUUAAUGCAAUAUUUGGCCCGGCCUCGUCUUAAAAAUAAUUAUACAAUAUGACUUAUAUUCCCUCGAGGCACCUCAGAAAAAAGUGGAUAUCCUCAUUAUUAUCAGUAAAAAUAUAGUUAAAAUACAACAGAUUUUGCAUUACUUUUUUGUAAAUUCAAACAAAAAACAUACCUAAUACCUACCUAAGCGAUUUGUUACAUUAUGUAUUGCACAACUGAUGUUACAGAGAAAUAAGUGUGAAAUCGACUUGAGUAUUCAAUAAGGAUAUGUAUUUAUAUACCUAUAAACUAUCUGGGUUGUUCACGACACACUGUGAAGCAAUAGCAAAAAGGGGAGGUGGUGUGUUUGUAGGUGUUGUUAUUAAAUUAUAGUAUUAAAUAUCUACUUCGAAAUCUAUUCCUAUUUCGGAUGCCCUAUGCUUAUGACUACGAUAUUAAAUGCAAUAAUGUAAUUUAUUCUCUUUGCUAUUGCGGCACAGUUUAUUUAGGUAAAACAUAUACAAAGUAGAUACGUCUACAAAACAAACCAAGCGAAAAACUUUUUACAAUAACACACAACAUAGUUGUGCGUGAAAUGAAUAUUAUAUUUAAAUAAUUAUUAUUAAUUAUAAAGUGAAAUCAUUCCCGAUAGCAAAGCUCACAACCUCGGAAAUAUGCUCCCAAUACCAGCUUACUGAUGACAUACUUUAUACAAUAAGGAUGAUAGAUUACAUAGUUGCAAUCAUCGACACAUCAUAAAUGAACAAUUCACAUAAACAGUAAGAAGAAUAUGUCCUAUGACUAUUACACGAAAUAUAAUAUCUAAAACCAUAUUCAAUGGACUUUCAGGAAUAUUUGAACUGUGCAAAUGUGAUAGGUAUACAGGUAACAAAGUGUGUUUAUCGUUCAUAAAUAAUUUAUAUGGAAUAAGGUGGCUGUUAUUGAUUUCCCAAAUUAUAUUCAAUAAUUGAAACCUAACACGUAAGUUUUAUGAUUCAGGGAAAUUCAGAAAGUUACAUACUAAACAGUCUGUGAAAUCAUUAACGCCUCCUUCACUAAUCAAUUAAUUACGUCAAA